AUGGCCAUUCCAUCCGGCUUUGGAGUGUCUGAUGACAUUUCAAGGCUCUCACUCGAGCAAGAGCGUGAACCCCACCCUCCGCCGCCUCCGCCCCUGGUAUCAAACAACGGCAUCGUGGCGUUUGAUAUCACGUCAAAAUUCAAGAAAGCCGCCGAAACGCUUGCGCCUGGCGACCUGGUCAAGGAUGGCUUCUUCACGUUGUUUGAGUCCGUUGGGGCUCUCGAGAUCAUGGACCCGAAAAUGGACAGUGGUUGCUUAGAAGCGGAGGAUUCGCUAGAUGUGGACUAUGAUGUGACACGCCCUCUUCUCCCUGAGGAGGUUCUUGGCAUAAUCGACCAGCUGCUCUGCCAUGAAAUGGCCUGGCAUGUUGGGUAUCCUCUCUCUCAGACCGUCCUCACAAGUGUGUACGUUGAGUCGAUUCUCAUGCCGAAUCCUGCAACCAUCGACGACGCGCACUUCAUCAGAGAUGCCAACGGCAUGCCGCCGGCGCCGAUGCAUGCCGUCCUCCGAGCUUAUUGCUUAGGGCUCUUAAAGACAUGCGGCAAUGUCAACGAAAGGAUCAAGAAUGAGCAUUACUAUGAAGAAGAGGACUUCGUCACGAACACGUACAACAGAGUCCUUCUCGACGACUUCAGCGUAGAAUCCGUACGCGAUGUUCUCAAGGACGCAAGUUUUAUUCUACGGCAACUGUCGGAUUCAAUACCCAAGGAAACUAUCGACGCGCUCAACAACAGACUACUCCUCCGGUAUACGUUUCUCGCAGCGAUAGACCACACGCAGUACCGGACAAAUCCGGAUCUCAUCAGAAGCCCUUGGAAAGAAGCUCUGGAUUUGCUUCCGAGUAUAAAGAGCACCCAUGCGCUAGGCAAACUCGUCCCGGAGGCUUGUAGUGCUAAGCUGCAGCGCAAGCUCGCCAGUACGAUGCCGCCGCGACCCAUCGUCGAAAUAAGUUUUGACGAUGCCUUCGGACAUCUCACGAAGAUGAUCAGUGACGGUUUGGAAGUCGUCGGAGUGCUCGACUACACCGAUGCCAUCUGCCUCCAGACAUACGUCACAACUUUCCAAGCGAAGAAGCCCCAGCCCCUAAUCUUCGUCCGCACCCUCCUCCAGAGCUUCCUCUUCAAGGACAUGGAAGUGCUCGGCCACAAGAGCAUCCGCCAGCUUCUCGACGACGACUUCGCGAUUAUCUCCCUCCCCAACAGCCCUCUCCUGGACCGCGCAAACGACGAGAUUGAGGCCAUGCUGGACCCGCGCUUCACCAUCGCGAACCAGAUGGAAUCCUUCCGCCUGCGCGCCGCGCAGCCCUACCUAGACAUCCUCCGCACCUUUUGCCAAAAUAGGUGCCGCGUCCGCCGGACCCUCUGCCACAUUGUCCGCGACUGGGAGAACCUGCAGUUCGACGCCGAGGACAUUGACCAGGUCAUCCAGCACCAGGCCGGGGAGCAGCCGCUCGUCUACCAGUCCGCCGCGGGAACCCCCGUCGAGCAGUGGUCCCUGCCGCUGUCGUCGUGGGCCUAUCUGUACAAGGUCAAGCAGAUGGAGUGGAUCGUCCAGCUCGGCUUCGAGCUCGAGGUCUACCAGCCGGACGAGCUGGCGGGCAUGUACUGGUACCUCAACUACCUCGCCAAGAACCGCCUCCAGCACGUCGAGCGCAUAAAGUCCUUUGUCAUCCGGAGCCUGAACCAGGCUCGCUCGGGGGCCGGCAGAUCGUCGUCGCGCCUCACGCCGACCGCGGAGGCCCAGUACACCAAGUCCCUGGCCUUCCUCCGCCUCUCGCUCCUGGACGCAGCUGUGACCGAGGGCCUCGCCGACGCCCUCUGCUGCCUCUACACGGUCCUCCACCGCCUAGGUCUCGUCAAGCCCCCACCCCGACCCUACAGCACCGACGAGCUCCGCUACGAGCUGCGGAUGAAGCCCUUUGCCGUCAUCGGUCUCCCCGUGCUCCCAACGUUUGACGAGUUCACGACCGGGACCCUGCAGUCCAACUGCCCGAGCCGGGACCUCCUCGAGCUCGCCGACAGGGCCAUCGCGGGCGCCAAGAAGGGCUUCGAGGUCAUGAGCAAAUUUCCAGAGGCGGAGGCUUUCUCGGUCGGAUCACAUGAUCGCUGGGUGCCGUCGAUGAAGAACGGACUCAAGUCGUGCAUCGCCACGGGGCUGGCCAUCUCGGUUGUCCGAAAGGCGCUAGACAAGUCGGGCGAAGGCGGGGAUCUGAAGCUCAAGGCCGAGGUGCCGACUCCUGACAAGUCGUACCACGAGUGGUGGAUCGUUCCGCGAAUCAUACCCGUUGCGUAG